AUGUCUGCCUCGGCACCGCUCACGUUACGGGCACGAUGCCGUGUUACCAACCUAGGGCUGGGCGAGAUUUUGUUUGUCGGUCAAACGUCUUUCGCUGCUGGCACAUGGGUCGGCGUGUACCUGGACGAGCCACGCGGGAAGAACGAUGGGAGUGUUCAAGGCAAGCGCUACUUUAGCUGCGAGCCCUACUAUGGCGUCUUUGUACGGCCCAGCCAAGUUCAUAUGAUGGACGAGGACGGGAUGCUUGAGCCGUCCGCAGCUGUGAGCACGCCGCGGUCCGCCGCCCCCCUCCAGACGCCGGUGCGUUCGACACAGCGUAGUGCAUUGUCGACACCUAGAUCUAUGCACACGACCGAUCGACGGUCCCCUGUACGAUCAGCACCACGAAUGAGCUUGAUGCAUGCACAAGCACGACUCGGUACGAAACCUACAUCCACAACACCUGUACGAACGCCGCCAGCGGCCAAGACGCUUCCGGAGGCGACGUGGGCGUCGAUGAAGAAGAAAAAUCCGUCCCCGGAGCCUGUGUUACCACAACAUACCCCAUCGCCGGAGCCAGAUUUAUCCACAAGCCUCUUGCCUACGAUGCCUGUCUGUCCUCCUACGCCACAGCGUACAAAAGCGUCAGAGCCUGUGGCGCCCCCAGCGAGCCAGAAGGCACAAGAUACCCAACGUGAGCAAGCCCUGGAGGCGCGCGUGCAAGAGCUGACAGAGGCAUUGGAGAGUGCACAAACUCGGAUAUCGACGUUGGAGUCUGAUAGCACGACCAAAACCGACCUCACAACGGCCCUUGAGGCGGCGAAGGCACAGGUGGCUGAGCUGCAACAAGCCAAAGAGGAGGGACAAACACGUAUGGAGGAGCUCACAGAAGCCCUGGAAAUGGCCACACUUGAUCGAGAGAUGGCCGAAGAGCGUACAGAAUCGCUGCAGCACGAACUGCAAAGCGUACAAGCCACGCUGACUUCCCUCCAAGAAGAGAAGGAAGCGCAGCAAGCAGCGGAUCGUGCGCAGAUUCCAGACGAAGAGCUGUCUCUCCUCGAGCAAAAUGAGCGUCUGAAAGAGGCGCUAUUGCGGCUGCGCGAUGCCACUCAAGAAACGGAAGCGGCGCAACGCCGUGAACUUGCUUCACUUCGCGCUGAUUUGGCCGCGCAUGAAACGUUGGUUAGUGAGCAUGCAUCUUUGCAAGAGCAGUGGCAGCGGUCGGAGGUGCUUAUUCAAGAGCUACGUAUGCAAGCGGAGAUGGCGAGUGGCGCCGAAGACAUGCUGGAGACGCUUACGGAGCGGAAUAUGGCCUUGGAAGAACGUGUGGAACAGUUGACCGAUGACAUCCAGGAAUUGGAGACGUUGCGGGAUGUGCACGAAGAGUUGGAAGCGACGCACCUCGAAACGGAAUCACAACUUCAACAGACGCUCCAAGAGCGAGAAGAUCGGAUUGCGCAGUUGAUGGACGAGCGACAAGGGAUGGAAGCGUCCAUAUCGUCGCAUAAUUCGACGCUGGAGCAAUUCCGUGCGCUGGUCGCCGAGCUGGCGCGGGAUCGUGAUGAAUGGCGAGCCAAGUGCCAUGCUCCUGUGGCCCAAGCGCCGGCCAUGCCUGUGAGUAUGCCGACGCCCAGCGCGCCGACAUUGGUACCGUCGAUGCGGCAGCUUGAGCAAGCGCAGCUCACGCAGCAUGUAGCCUUCUUGCGGGCCUACGUCCCUGCAUCGGUGGCCGACGAGGCCGAGCGUUCGUUUUUGGGUGUGUUGGCAUACGAGCGCCUCGCGCGGUAUGCGGACUUGGCCUCCCAUGCCAUGGCCUAUGAUAUCCCGGCUCUGGUCGUCGAGCGGGCCUUGGAGGAGUCGGUCCUUCGACGGUGCCAAGCACGCGAGCGUGUGGCCUCGGUAGGCGCGCGGGCUUUGUACAUUGCGGCUGUGCUGCGUACAGCGCCUGUGGACACGUUCCUAGCACACGCGACAGACCAGGCUCUUCUUAUGCCCCAGAUCCAAGCAUGGGACAAGGCGCUGCAGGGCUGGGAUGACGACGAUACUACGCUGCCGAUUGAGGACACACGUACGAUGUUGGACCAGAUCAUCACGUCGCUCCCAUCGGUCACGUCGGUACGCAUCGACGCUGCACAGAUGCUUGCGCAGGCGUGGCAUACGAGUGCUACGGCCGAUACGCUUCUGGCGCAUGCGGGGUAUGCCCAGCAGCAUACGUCGACUACGUCUGUGCGCGAAUGCGUCGCUGUCGCCACGCGCAUUCGAACCGCAUGCUGGCGCUGGUACCGCCGUGUAUCGCGCCUCUUUGACGAACAUGCGAUGCUGCUAUGGCCAGAAGAUCUGGCUACGAGUGUAUCGACAAUGGCUUCCCGCUUGCAUGACGAGCUCGCUACCUUUUCGCCCACGCGCGUCGAUGCGUCCAGGUCCGCGCUGGCCACGCUGCGUACGUUGGCCGAUGAUGUGGAGGCCCUUGUGUCCUACGCGCAUCGCGCUGAGGCUGUGCAGGCCUGGGACGCCGCGCCUGAGGGCCCAUGGACCGCGCAUGCAACGGUGACGCUCGCUGCGUACGUGGAAACGGCCAUGGAGGCCGAGAAAGCGAGCUGGGAAGCGGCGAUGACGAGCUUGCGUGAGACGGCGCAUGCGCAGGCCGCGCAAGCGGACGCUGCCGGUAUCAAGUUGGAGCGUUUGUAUGUGCAACUUGCGCAGGCGCAAACGCAGGCCGCGCAGGCCGCGGAUUGGCAUCAGCAAGUGGAGACCUUGCAAGCGCAACUCGCUUCGACGACCCCGACGACGGCUAUGCCUUCGUCGGACAAGCACGCCACGCCGCCGUCUGUCCCGACCGAGUACGGCGAGGAUACCCUCGCGUUAAAGCAAGCGCUGCAAGCUGUGCAGACAGAAAACUGCCGCCUAAAAGCCUCCCACUGGCUUGCGCCUCUUGCGCAUUUGCCGCCGUUGCCCCAUGCACGUCGGAGUGUGGCCCACGUGGCCGCUCAGGCUUCGCCCAUGUAUAGACCGCCCGGGCUCGCUGUGUCGAUGCCUCGCGUGAUUGAGUUGUAG